GGGAGCUGAUCCACAUGCUUGUGACAGAGAAGGUAAAACACCUCUUCAGCUUGUCACGGAAACUUGUGACGAUAUUGAAAUCCUUGCUCUCUUGAAAAACCCGAACAGAUAGCAUUGUGUACGAUAUUGAUCACUUUAAGGCUGCCCAUUUAGAAGUCUUGGAAUGGCAUGGAGGAUUUUGACCAUUUGAAGUCUCGGUAAGGAAAGAAAUGAUUUUUGUAUCAAAAUGAAACCCCGCUAGACAGGAAUGGCCAAUAUUAGUUGGGGAUUCAGAGGAGUUGGGCUACUUUGCAAUGUGGGGGUGAUGUGCAUAUUCCGAUUUCAAACACCCACAAUUUACCUCUGGAUUGAGAGCUUUGGCAGG